AGCAGCAUUGAACUUGCAGAGAGAGGCUGAGGGGGGAAAAAGCAGACAGGAGGAGGCAGACUGGACAGGGUUAUGCAGAAGGAGCUCAGUGCUAUUAUCACUGAGGCUGCCAUAUAGCUGUGCUCCUUCCAGAGACUAAUCGAGGCUGUGCGAAUUGUAGCUACACGAAACGGGAAUGUUUUCACUGAGGAGUGCUGGUGAAGAGGAGUGGUCAGGGACGGAGAUCAUUAUGCACUUUUAGAUCGUACGUGGCCGUGAAGCAGCGCAGCGACAAAACCUCGAGCGCGUUCGCUCCCCGAAGUUGUGUCAAGCGGGCGACGGUUCGCGUCUGAUUGUUGCUCAACUAUCCAGAGAGGACUGCAGACGCGCAAACGCUGCAUUGUGGCAACUGAGCCGCCGAUCCCUGCCUGAGGAUUGCACAAUCCGUUCUCUCCACACAAAAUGUCAUCUCAGGCGAAAGUCAAGAAGGACAAAGAGAUUAUUGCUGAAUAUGAGACCCAAGUGAAAGAGAUCCGUAACCAGCUGGUGGAGCAGUUCCGUUGUCUGGAGCAGCAGUCUGAGUCCCGCCUGCAGCUGCUGCAGGACCUGCAGGAGUUCUUCCGCCGAAAGGCCGAGCUCCAGCUCGAGUACUCCAGAGGCCUGGACAAACUGGCCGAGCGAUACUCCGCCAAGAUCCGCACCUCCAGAGAGCACCAGCACUUCAAAAAGGACCAAAAUCUCCUGUCCACUGUAAACUGCUGGUAUCUAGUCCUGGACCAGACCCGACGAGAGAGCAGAGACCAUGCCACUCUGAGCGACAUCUACAACAACAACGUCAUUGUCCGUCUGGCACACGUGGGCGAGGAUGUCAUCAGACUUUUCAAAAAGAGUAAAGACAUCGGCGUGCAGAUGCACGAAGAGCUAGUGAAAGUCACCAAUGAACUCUACACAGUGAUGAAGACAUACCACAUGUACCACACUGAGAGCAUCAGUGCUGAAAGCAAGCUGAAGGAGGCAGAGAAACAGGAAGAGAAGCACAUUGGCAAGACUAACGACAUUGGCUCUGGCCUGCUGCGUUACGGCCAUGACGAACGUCCACAGCGGCGAAGUUCUGUGAAGAAGAUGGAGAAGCUGAAGGAGAAGAGACAAGCCAAGUACUCUGAAAACAAGCUGAAAUGCACAAAGGCCCGGAACGACUAUCUUCUCAAUCUGGCAGCAACCAAUGCUCUGGUGGCCAAAUACUACAUUCACGAUGUCUCAGACAUGAUAGACUGUUGCGAUUUAGGGUACCACGCAAGCCUGGGGCGCACUAUGAGGACCUACCUAUCUGCAGAAUAUAGUCUGGAGACAUCUCGCCAUGAAGGUUUGGACUUACUUGAGGGAGCAGUAGAUGCCAUGGACAUCAGGGGAGACAAGCUGAAGUUCAUGGACACACACAGCCAGAUCUUUUGUCCUCCAGCACGCUUUGACUAUCAGCCGCACAUGGGGGACGAGGUGUGUCAGGUCAGUGCGCAGCAGCCUGUCCAGACAGAGCUCCUGAUGCGCUACCACCAGCUGCAGUCUCGCCUGGCCACACUGAAGAUAGAAAAUGAAGAGGUGAGGAAGACUCUUGACGCCACCAUGCAGACCCUUCAGGACAUGCUUACCGUGGAGGACUUCGACGUUUCAGAUGCCUUCCAGCACAGCCAGUCCACAGAGUCGGUCAAGUCGGCCUCCUCUGACUCUUACAUGAGCAAGGCAAACAUCUCUAAGAGGCGAGCCAAUCAGCAAGAGACGGAGGGCUUCUACUUCACUAAAUACAAGGAGUACUUGAAUGGCAGCAAUCUCAUUAUCAAAUUGCAGGCUAAGCACGACCUUCUGAAGCAGACGCUAGGAGAAGGGGAGAGGGCUGAAUAUGGAACAACAAGGCCCCCCACUCUUCCCCCUAAACCCCAGAGAAUGCGGAAGUCUAGACCUCGCUCCAUUUUUAAGCAAAAGCUGUUUAACGGCAAUAUGGAGGCCUUCAUUCAGGAUUCAGGGCAGCCUAUACCAGUGGUGGUUGAGAGCUGCAUUCGAUACAUCAACCUGUACGGUCUUCAGCAGCAAGGUAUAUUUCGAGUUCCAGGAUCCCAAGUCGAAGUCAAUGAUAUUAAAAAUGCAUUUGAAAGAGGAGAGGAUCCACUGGUGGAUGAUCAGAAUGAUCAUGACAUCAACUCGGUGGCAGGCGUUCUCAAGCUCUACUUUCGGGGCCUGGAAAACCCACUGUUCCCUAAAGAGCGUUUCCUCGACCUCAUAUCCACAACCAAGCUCGACUCUGGCGCAGAAAGGGCUCAUCACCUUCAGCAGAUAAUCGUGACUCUCCAGCGGCCUGUGAUCAUCGUCAUGAGAUACCUGUUUGCAUUUCUGAAUCAUCUUUCGCAGUACAGCGACGAAAACAUGAUGGACCCCUACAACCUAGCGAUUUGCUUUGGUCCCACACUGAUGCCCAUACCGGACGACCAAGAUCCCGUGUCCUGCCAAGCGCAUGUUAAUGAGGUCAUCAAGACAAUUAUCAUCCACCAUGAGGCCAUCUUCCCGAGCCUGCGAGAGCUGGAUGGACCUGUGUAUGAGAAGUGCAUGGCUGGAGGGGAGGAGUACUGUGAAAGCCCUCACAGUGAGCCGGGAGCUCUUGAUGAGAUAGACAAUGGUACCGGCCCGAACACGAGCGAUGAAGAGCUGGAGCAGAUUGAGGCCAUAGCGAAAUUUGACUAUGUGGGCCGCAGUCCAAGGGAGCUGUCCUUCAAGAAGGGGGCCUCUCUGCUACUCUACCUGCGAGCCUCUCAGGACUGGUGGGAAGGCCGACACAAUGGUGUGGAUGGGCUGAUCCCACAUCAGUACAUUGUGGUACAAGACAUGGAUGAUGCAUUCUCAGACACCAUUCAGAGGACUGAUAGUGAGACGGGCAGUGGGCCGCACCACGAUGACAGAACCUCGUCCAGACACGAGCAUCAAUCACCUUGUGAACACACACCCGAGAACCGCUUCGGACCAGCAUUAGGAAGGGUGAGAGUGCGGUCAGAUGGCGGUGUAGUUCCACGCCACAGGAACGGAGCCGACAAUCUCAGCCCCACCAGAUCUGCCGAUCACCCCCCGAAGGUAAUGCCUCGGCCCUGCAGCCCGCACAAAAUGGCUGUUUGCAGGGGCCCGACAGACAGUCCAGAGAAACGGCGUCUCACCACAUUCGGCAGUGCAGGCUGCAUCAACCACCCCGACAGGAAAGCGUUUGUGGACAGCCACUCUCAGCGAUCGUCACCAAGCACCACUCGACACGCGAGUCUGGGAGACCACAAAGCCCUCGAGGCCGAGGCGCUCGCCGAAGACAUAGAGAAAACAAUGAACACAGCUCUACACGAGCUGCGUGAGCUGGAGAGGCAGAACGUAGCCAAACACGCCCCCGAUGUUGUUCUGGACACGCUGGAGCCCCUCAAACACCCCGGCGCGGGCCAGGAGCCGUCUGCCAGCCCCCUCCACACCAUGGUGAUCCGAGAUCCGGAUGCAGUCCAGCGACGCAGCAGCAGCAGCUCCUCCUCCGAGACCAUGACCACCUUUAAGCCAGCCCUUUCAGCGCGUAGACCAAGUGCGCCUCUAAGGCCCCCGCCUGUAAGACCUGUCCGACCUGCUCCUGUGAUCGGACAGGGCCAGGGGCCACAUCGGUCCAGCAGCUCUAGUUCUUCGGGUCUGGGCAGCCCGGGCAUCACCCCAACUGAUAGGGUCUUUCCAAAAGCACCCUCCCCAUCACCGUCCACCUCCUCCUCGUCCUCUGACAAACAAGGUAACAUGUAGCUCCGGUCAGUCACAAGUCAAGUGGAUGAAGAACACUGUGGACACGACUGAUUGUGACCAUCACGCCCCUACCUAUCUUUCUGACAGCGAACAAAAAUUGACAUUUAAUCUGUAUGAAAAAUAUUGACCACUAAUCUCGUGUAGUGUAGGACGGCUACUUCUGGUUUCCGUCCACACGCUUGUUGGGAGGAUUACGACAUACUGUAUUACAGUAACAUAAAUAGAAAUAGAAAUAGGAUUAUUUUAUAGACCAUGCUGAAUAGCCAUGCUGGAAAAAAAGAAGAAGAAGAAGAAUGCACUGGAAAAUACUUGUGUUUACUGAAAUAUGGCAAUGAAACAUCUUGUCGAAAUGUUAUUAGGUUACGAAGAUGCUGUGAGCUUGUACUUUUCGUCUGGUUUCCUGUUCCAUUAUGAGGGAACACUUAGGGGAUAUUUCACCACUGAUCAUGUAGACAAUCAGUCUGUGCUGGUGGUUCAUAUAGUCUGUUGUUACUAUAGCUCCUUGGACACCAUUUAUAUUGAGAAAGAAGUUUGCUCAGAGAGCCUUUCCCACAGGGUCACAUGUUUAGACAGCAUGGAAUUGCCUUAAGCUGCUGUUCUCAAAAUGACCACUAGAUGCUGACUCAUAACUGUAUCAUAAUGAAUUGUGUAAAUGAUAAAAAAAAAGGGGGGGAGAGAGAGAGAGAGAGAGAAUCUAUGCAUAGUGGCUUUAAAUGAAAUGGACACAUGCUCCAAAUGUUGAAGUGUAAGAAGUUGCAUAAAAUCAUAAUAAUUAACAAAGUCUGUCCUGGUCAAACUCAUAUCAGCUGAGUGAUUUGGUUGGCAACUAAAGCACAAAUGUGGCUACUUGGCCCACGGCAGAGCGGUGCCAAUUCAGUCUGGCGAGUUUGCGGUUCAAUUGAUUUCAAGCCGAGUUAAGCGGAUUCAAUUCAGCAGCUCAUUUGCCUCUCUUUGUCGCAUUUGUUUGGCAGUGAAUCAGGACUGUUACAAACCCACUGUGAUUCUACUACUUUAUCAGUUCAUAAUGGCGUCAUAUUAAAAAUGACUUCCUAUGUCUGAUAUGGAGAUAAAAUGAAAUUAUUCUGUAAGACUUAACUACCUUCCUUUGUCCUCUCACAUUAAUUUCUGAAUGGGCCAGCUGGUGGCAGAAGAGACCAGGCUAACACUGACAGUAGUUGUAACCAUUAUUGAUAUGCCAUCCGUAUGCCCAAACAGGGAAUAAAGGUCAGAUUAUAAUAUUUUUCAUCUCGCUAUAUACAUAUAUAUAUAUUGAAAAAAAAGACAAAAGAUUAGCUGUGUUACCUCAACAAACAAGUAAACGCUCUUGUACAAUUCAAAUGUCUAAUGCACUUAUAAACACAACAGGGAACUGUGCUGCAUUUGUAGGUUCUGUGUCUUCAUUUUGAUAAAGUUGUACUAGAAACAUGAUUAUAGCACAUCAGUGUCAUUGCAGCUUGUCUAGACUCGUCUAGGUUGCACACGGUCACUGCAGGCCGCGCGGAUGUUUAGCCCAACUUGUUUACCGUCGGUGAUAAUUGUUGUCUCAUGGGGAUGAUCAUUAUAUCUUUAAAGUGUAACAGGUACGUUGGAAUGAAUAUAUAUAUAUAUAUAUACAUAUUGUUAAAGGAUGCUUGUAAAAAUAAAAAAAUAACAUUGUAUGAUAGGAGCGGGAUAUAUUAUCAUCUCUAGUGUGUAGAUUUUUGUAAUUCUUAUCCUUGCACAGAUAUUAGCAAAACAAUAAAUCCAUGAAACCCGAAA